AUUGUAAACUAUUGCUAAGAGUGAUUUAGUGUCAAUUUUUUGAUUUAUUAAAAGAAGUUAUUAAAUCCUAUUCAAAAAUUCAAUGGCUCAUGAUAAAAAAAAUAUAAAACGUAGUCGAUCGCGUGAACGAGAUCGUGAACGUGAUCGGGAACGUGAAAGAGAUCGAGAGCGACGAGAUAGAAGACGUUCAAGAAGUAGAUCAAAAGAUCGAAAAAAAGAUAGAAAACGUUCAAGAUCACGUGAAAGAUCACGGGAAAGAGAUAGAUCACGCGAAAAAGAUAGAGAUAGAUCAAGGGAAAGACGAGAAUUUAAAGACAAAUCAAAAGAUGAAAAAAAACGUAAACCGAGUCCUAUAUUUGUUUUAGAAGAUGAAAAUAAAAAAGAAACUAAAACUGAAGCAAAAAAAGAAGAGGAAGAAAUUGAGGAAAAGCCAAAGCCUCCUCCAAAAAAGGAACCGCUAAGUUUAGAAGAAUUAUUAGCUAAGAAAAAAGCAGAGGAAGAAGCACGUGCUAAACCAAAAUUUUUAACUAAAGAAGAACGUGCUGCUUUAGCAUUACAGAAACGUCAAGAGGAAGUUGAAGCUAUAAAAAAACAACAAGAGGAUAUACGUAAAUCUUUUCAUAGUGAAAAUGCUGGGAAAGAUAGAGAAUGGGAUGAUAGGGAUAGACGUAGAGAUGGUCAACGUACACGAGAGGAAGAAAUUAAAGAUAAGGAUAAAGAAAAAGAAGUAGAAGCUAUUAAAGAACGUUAUUUAGGAUUAGUGAAGAAAAAACGACGUGUUAGAAGAUUAAAUGAUAGAAAAUUUGUAUUCGAUUGGGAUACAUCAGAAGACACAUCUGUUGAUUACAAUAGUAUUUAUAAGGAAAGACAUCAGGUUCAAUUUUUUGGUAGAGGAAAUCUUGCUGGAAUAGAUAUUAAAGCACAAAAACGAGACCAAAGUAAAUUUUAUGGAGAACUAUUAGAAAAAAGAAGAACAGAAGCUGAAAAAGAACAGGAGAAAAUGCGAUUAAAAAAAGUAAAAAGAAAAGAAGAAAAACAAAAAUGGGAUGAUAGACAUUGGUCUGAAAAAGCUCUUCAUGAAAUGACAGAAAGAGAUUGGCGUAUAUUUAGAGAAGAUUAUAAUAUUACAAUAAAAGGAGGACGUAUUCCUGAUCCAAUUAGAUCAUGGAAAGAGUCAGGAUUUCCAAAAGAAAUUCUUGAUAUCAUUGAUAAAGUGGGAUAUAAAGAUUUAACACCUAUUCAAAGACAAGCUAUUCCUAUUGGACUUCAAAAUCGUGAUAUUAUUGGAGUUGCUGAAACUGGAUCUGGAAAAACUUUAGCAUUUUUAAUUCCAUUAUUAUUAUGGAUCACUAGUUUACCAAAAAUUGAAAGAUUAGAAGAAGCAGAUCAAGGUCCUUAUAGUAUAAUUUUAGCACCAACUCGUGAGUUGGCUCAACAAAUUGAAGAAGAGACUAAUAAAUUUGGACAACCAUUAGGUAUAAGAACAGUUGUUGUUGUAGGUGGUCUCUCGAGAGAAGAACAAGGAUUUAGAUUGAGAAUGGGUUGCGAGAUAGUUAUAGCCACACCAGGACGAUUAAUUGAUGUAUUGGAAAAUCGAUAUUUGGUUUUAAAUCAAUGUACUUAUAUUGUAUUAGAUGAAGCUGAUAGAAUGAUAGAUAUGGGUUUUGAACCGGAUGUUCAAAAAAUUUUGGAAUAUAUGCCAGUUACAAAUUUAAAACCAGAUAAUGAAGAUGCUGAAAAUGAAGAAAAACUUUUAGCUAAUUACAAUACAAAGAAAAAAUAUAGACAAACUGUGAUGUUUACAGCAACUAUGCCACCUGCAGUUGAAAGAUUAGCCAGAACUUAUUUAAGGCGACCUGCUGUUGUAUAUAUCGGUAGUGUAGGAAAACCAACAGAAAGAACAGAACAAAUAGUACAUAUAAUGGGUGAAGCUGAUAAACGUAAGAAGUUGAUGGAAAUACUUAGCAGAGGAGUUGAACCACCAGUCAUCAUAUUCGUUAAUCAGAAGAAAGGAGCUGAUGUUCUUGCAAGAGGUUUAGAGAAAUUGGGUUAUAAUGCUUGUACUCUUCAUGGUGGAAAAGGUCAAGAGCAGAGAGAAUAUGCACUUGCUUCGCUGAAAAGUGGUAGUAAAGAUAUUUUGGUUGCUACUGAUGUAGCAGGUCGUGGUAUUGAUAUUAAAGAUGUAUCUAUGGUCAUUAAUUAUGAUAUGGCUAAAACUAUAGAAGAUUACACACAUCGUAUUGGUAGAACUGGUCGCGCAGGAAAAGCUGGUCUUGCUAUUUCAUUUUGUACAAAAGAUGAUAGCCAUCUAUUCUAUGAUCUGAAACAAACUAUUCUUGCAAGUCCUAUAUCUACCUGUCCACCUGAAUUAUUAAAUCAUCCGGAUGCUCAACAUAAACCUGGUACAGUAGUUACAAAAAAACGUCGAGAAGAAAAAAUAUUUGCCUAAGAAAAAAAAAAUCUAAUUAUAAGCGAUUGCUUCGACAUGCUAUUAACAUAUGCAUAUGUUUCUUAUAUAUUUUUUUAUAGCAAGUAGAAUAUAAACAAAGUAUGGAUAUAAUAAAAAAGUAAAUAAAGAUGUAAAUAAAUACA